AUGGGCAACGUGAUGUCUGCAAGUUUUGCACCUGAGUGCACAGAACUGAAGCACGAAUACGACAACUGCUUUAAUCAAUGGUACAGCGAGAAAUUUCUCAAGGGACUAUCGAUGGAAAAUGAGUGUAGCAAACAGUGGUAUGCUUACACGACUUGCGUAGAGGCCGCGUUGGUGAAACAGGGUAUCAAGCCUGCGCUGGACGAGGCACGCGAAGAGGCACCUUUUGAAAAUGGCGGCGAGCCUACCGACCGCUCCUAG